UGCCUUCUCUCGGGCUCUUGCCUAUGCCAUGAUGUUCCCAAGCUUGAUCGCUCCUCCCGCGGUGUAUCCGAAUCUCUUGCGGCCAACGCCCACUCUCACUUUGCCUCAGUCGCUGCAAUCCGCUUUUUCCGGCCACUCCAGCUUCUUGGUGGAAGACCUCAUACGGAUCAGCAGACCGGCCAGUUACCUGCCCCGAAGCAACGCCCCUCCGCCCAGCAUGUCUCCUCCCAGCUCCGGGGUCAACACCGCAGGGACUGACACCCUCACCUCCGAGGUGGUCACUUCCAGCCCUUCUGGGACUAGACGGGGCUGCUCCUCUCAGACCUCCGCCUCUUCCGGGAACGAUGCCACUUUCCUGAAAUUCGGGGUCAACGCCAUCCUGUCAUCCACGCCCAGGACAGAGACUCCCCACGCAUUGAUUCAGAACGUCCCUCCCAAGACCUUCUCUUUCCCCUACUUCGAAGGAUCCUUCCAACCUUUUCUCAGAUCUUCUUAUUUCCCAGCCUCUUCUGUGGUGCCCAUCCCUGGCACAUUUUCUUGGCCUCUGGCUGCCCGAGGGAAGCCACGCAGAGGAAUGCUCCGCAGGGCAGUCUUCUCAGAUGUGCAGCGCAAAGCUCUGGAGAAAAUGUUUCAGAAACAGAAGUACAUCAGCAAACCAGACAGAAAGAAGCUGGCAGCCAAGUUGGGCUUGAAAGACUCUCAGGUGAAGAUCUGGUUCCAAAACAGAAGAAUGAAGUGGAGGAACUCUAAAGAAAGAGAGCUCCUAUCAUCUGGUGGCUGCCGAGAACAAACCUUACCCACCAAAUUCAAUCCUCAUCCAGAUCUCAGUGAUGUAGGCAAGAAAGGUUCUGGGGCAGAGGAAGAGGAAGAAACAGCAUCCCUUUGCCCAUCCAGCCCCAGGCAUACCUUAACUUAUCAUCACCAGUCUACAGAUCACCCACACCUGAGAGAGAGGCUGGAUUCCCAGAUGCUUCCUUCUCCGACCCAUUCCUGCAGCCCCAGCAAACCAUCAGACUUCUCAGACUCAGAAGACGAAGAGGAGGAGGAGGAAGGGGAGGAGGAAGAAGAAGAGAUCACAGUCUCAUAGAGACUUCUCUUCUUUCUAUUCCAGCAGGGGACAUUGCCAAGAUGUAAAUAAACAAAGAGCUAUUUAAUUGAAGAGGUGGUGUCCGUCCACAAGUCUGCAUGGUUCACAUAUGCAAUGUACUGUUGAUCUUGCAUCCACAUCUUUACCAUAGUUAGAAAAACCUUUGCCAUUCAGAGCUUCCUGAUGAUAUUGCUGACCAGCCAGCCUCUUUGCACUUUUUUCAGUGGAAGUUAUAAACUAAAAGGUCAAUUCAAAACAAAACUUUGUUUUGAAAACCUCCUUGUUAGAAAACAUUCAGUUAGUAAUUAACUUACAGGAGAGUUCAAGUAAACUUCAGGAUGUAUUAAUUUCCUCCAAAGGACUUGGUGGUAUUCCCAAUAAACCAAAUUCUUGAGAUUGGCUGCUAUACCGGUAACAUCCUCUAGGCUGCCGACGAUCAGUGUUCUGAGCUCUGCCACUCACAGCCUACAGUUGAAUACAAACGGGACAGGGCUACAUAUUGUUUCUGGCCACUGCCAUAAAUCAAAAUUUGAAUGUUUUACAUUAGUUCAUUGAUCUCUCUUGACACCACACCCACAUCUGUCCCCAGUUCUUUGCCCAUCCUCUGUUUUGUGUCUGCUGAAGCUGUAGUGUGGACAAAGAGAAAUGGGCCACACCUCUUUGAUUUUUGAUUGAACUUUGCUGUCUUUGCACAGCUUUUAUAAACUGUACAUUAUUUUGUACUCUUACACGGUAUGGAUAAUUUUUUUACCAAGCCUACUGUGAAUAUACAGAUGGACUUUGCUAUAUAUGGACGAAGGGAAGGGGUGGGCGGUUGGAGUUAUUUUGUAAUUUCUUUAACUCAAAGAGAAGUUUAGCGGUUUAACUGUGUAACUUAUAAAAUCAUUGUUUAUUUUUUACUGUAUGCAGAUUUUUUAAUAUGUAUAUAUAACAGAUGAAGCAAAUGCCAAAUAAAAAAGAGUGAAAGGCUGA